AUGAGCGAAACGGCAGACCUCAGCGUUCUCUGCCGCGUUUGCCUCUCGGCGCUCUACUCGGAACGCGACUCAUCGGCAGCACAGCGAGACUUUCACAUAUACAGACGCCAUCACCAGACACUAGAUUCUUUCUUGAGGGCGGCGAGAGAAAAGUGUGCCGUGUGCCGUGUGGUCUACGAAAAUGUGAAGCGCAAGUUACAAAACCUGUCGACAAAAACUCCGUCUGAGACUGCAUCGACAAUGAUUCGGAUGCGACGUAAAGAAGAUCUCCAGGGCCCCCAGCUCGUGAUCAUCUUUCUCAAAGAUGGAAGUCACAUCGAAACCAAAUUCCAGCUAUUCCCUACCAGCGAACAUAUGACCGCUCGCUUCUUCCCACCACUUUCACUGCAAGAGGCUAUGCAUUCAGCUCGUACACUAGACCUGCUUUCCAACUGGUACCGGGCUUGUCACAGCAGCCAUAGCCGCUGUAUUCAUCACAUGGCGCGAGGUGCAUACUGGUUGCCCAGCCGUGUCCUAGACAUUGGCAAUAAGCAUGACAAACAUUGGAGACUGGCAGUCCCUUCACAGGAUCAUGUUGCAAAUGCGCCCUACGUCACGCUGAGCUAUCGGUGGGGGCACAAUCCAAACUUCCAGCUUCUUCGCUCGACCUUUGAUCAGUUUCGACGGGAGCAGCAGAUCUCGGAGCUUCCAAAGACCUUUCAGGACGCUAUUGUCGUGACACGGGAAUUAUCAGUCAGGUAUCUGUGGAUUGAUGCGGUCUGCAUCAUCCAGGACUCAAGCGAAGACAAGGCACAUGAGAUCCCUCAAAUGGGAUCCAUCUACAAUAACGCGGCGUGUAACCUGGCCGCGUCGGCGUCCGAAGAUGCCCAUGGUGGGCUAUUCAGAGCAAGAGAUACGACAGCCAUCGCUCCGGCUCUGAUCGAGGCGCCAGCGGGGGCCAUUCGAAGCGAGAGGCAUUAUAUCAUCGACAUGAGCUACCGGGACCGGCAGCUUCUAGGCGGCCCUCUGCAUAAGAGGGGAUGGGUUUUCCAGGAGCGUUUCUUAUCGAAAAGAGUCAUCUAUUUUAGCGAGUCGCAGAUUUUCUGGGAGUGCCUGUCGGAGCUGAAGUGCGAAGGUUUCCCUAACGGUAUACCACUGUCUCGCUCUGCGAAAAACAUGGAACCGCUUUGGAACAUGGUUGAUGGGAUAGAUGCCGAUGCAUCUCCCUUUCACAAAGAUAGCCUACACAAAGGCUUGCCUGGGGAUAAGGCCAUGUCGGCACCCAUCUUGCACCUGUGGAACUCCCUCGUCUGUGACUAUUCAGCCUGCGACUUGACAUUCCCGUCUGAUAGAUUGCUGGCAUUCGAGGGCAUAGCGGAUCUCUUUAGACAAGUCACCGGAGGCCAGUAUUUGGCCGGCCUGUGGCAUUCGAACCUAUUGCACCUUUUGGACUGGUGGGUGGACAAGCCGCGUAUCAGGCGGUCCCCCGAAUAUCGAGCACCCUCAUGGUCAUGGGCGUCAUUGGAUGGGCCUGUUCGUGCACGAUCCGCAGUCGCGCUGUCCGCCUUCCUGGUCUCCAAUCCAGUCGUGGUAGAGUCGCCAGAAUAUGGUGUAGGGCAUCUGCGCUUGAACAUUGUAUCGAGCUUGACCUUGUACGCCGAUGAUCGACGGCCGAUGCACUGUGUCCUGCAUCCUGAUAGCUUGGGUACUAAAUUCGACGCCGUGGGAACCCUCUUCUUCCUACCCCUACAAACAACUUGUCAUGACUCUGCGUUUUAUCCACCGGGGAAAUGUGACCUUGCAACACAUGCGACUGAGGUAUCUUGUCUCUUACUAGAGCCUGUGCUCUGCUCGGAGCCUGUUGUGUAUCGUCGAGUUGGUCACUGUGUGGUAAGCCACCCAGAUGACAUCUCAUGGCUCGGUCUCCAGGUUGAUCAGAAGAGUGGACUAGCAGUUAUCCGCCAGGAUACAAGUAGUGCUGAAAUUACAAUUGUUUAA